AUGGCCGCCACUUUAUCGGUAUUCAACGCUUGCCUGGACCCAACUCAGCAGCUCACUGCCGCCGCUGCCUUGAGGCUCACGCAGAAGGACCUUAGCCGCAGAAUAAAUAGUGCUGGGUGGCAGGCCCAAUUCCAAGCAGUUUCCGCCGUUGGCAAAGCCAUGUUGUUGUCGGAGAUAACGCCUGGUGCUCGGGCCUUUCUAACCUGUGCGCCGUCUGGCCGCACACGCAUGGAGCCAGCGGUAUUCGUGGCUGAGAUCCGGGUCCGUUUGGGCAUUGCAGAAGCUACUGCCGACACAUGGCGCCCCAAAUACGAUACCAUUCUGCACAUAAUUGGUGGGGAACGUACACUUCGCCACAACACCCUUCGUGACCUGAUUCUCAAUUAG